CUUGAAAUGAAUACUCUACUGAGCAGUGCAGCAAUUCUAUUCAGAAACUCAAAACGCUCGUUGUUGUACGGCUUUAUGGCUGGAACGACGGUUGGCUUAGAGGAGUUAGUGGGAAGUGUGGUAUUUCACUGUCCGUGUGAGGGACAUUUUGCAUAUGGAUUGGCAUUUCUUUGGGUUCCGGCAAUGCUUUUGUUUCUUGCCGGAAUCUUGGUCGAUAGAGAUCUGUGGAAGUUCGCCACAAUCUGUAACAGACGUCGGACGAAAUAUCCGACUUUCCGCUACCUUAAGGCUUUGUUCCUUACACCAUAUGUCUUCAUAAGAGCAUGCAUCGCCCCAGCUGCCUGGCUAGUACUGUCGUUUUUACGGCAACAAUACUACACGUGCGCCUAUUUCGGACCACCUUUAGUUGAUAAAGAUGCCACGAAGUCAAAUACGACUGACCGAUGUCUCCGUUACUUUGAAGCCGGUACCCGCUCGGAGCAACUUGAAGAACGUUACAAGACCCACAGUCAGAUAGCAGGCUGGUCUUUGCUGCUAAUAGUAGUGUCUACUUUGUUCACCUCAAUUUGUAUUCGUCGGUGUCUUAAAAAAGCAAAGCAGCUUGAAAUACCAAGCUUGGAGUAUUACCGCCACAUUGAGGCGAAAGAAGCGCUAGUACGGUUCCAUAUUAAGGCAAAAGAGAUCGCCAAAGAAAGCGCUGAACGAAGCGUAGAAAAGUCAUUCGAGAAGGUUGAGAACAAAGAUUUUGAUGAGCGUAUAAAAGAAGUAUCUCAUGAUGUGUAUUACAGGUACGGAUUGUUCUUUAUUAUUCCAGAGAGUCCUGCUUUUCACACCCCAGAGGGUGUCGCAGAAAAAGCGCCACAGUUUCUCAUGUGUGGAAUCGAUGCCACGGAUAAUCGUCCGAGUUUCUCUAAUGAUCAAAAUUCAGGAAAAAUACUGACUACAUGUGAAUGCCAACACAAACCGAGACAGGCAGUUUCGAAAGUCUCUCUUCAUCGCCAAAACGCUGUGACUGAAACAACUGUAUGAAAGAGAGAAAUUCAGGAAAAAUGAACACUUCAUGUGAAUGCCAAGACAAACCGAGGCAGACAGUUUCGAAAUUCUCUCUUCAUCGCCAAAACGCUGUGAUUGACACAACUGUAUGAAAGAGAAAGUCGUCCUAUGCUAAUUUAAGUAAGGUGACAAAACGUUGCUGAGAACUUUAUUUAUAUUUGGGUGCAGCCAAUUAUCAAUUUGUUAGUUAUAUCAGCCGUGAUCAGGAAACACAACCGUCUAAAAAGUCAGGCUCGCUAGCCAGUGCGUUGUAUAGUAUGAUGUGGUUUUAUCAACUGAGUUGACAAUGUAAAUGGGCCAUCUUAGAGAGUUUCUAAAGCUGAUGUUUCGAGUGUCAGCUCUGACGAAGGGCUAACGCUCGAAACGUCAGGUUUACAAACUCUUCAAGCUGGCCAAUUUACUUUGUCAACUCAGUUGAUGAAACCAAAUUCUCUUGUAUUUCAUUCACCUACGUAUGGAGCACCACAGUUUCUUUAGAAAGUUACCAUUCAUUCAUUCAUAAAGUAUGGCUCGGUUAGGAAAGCACUCGAAUGUUCAUGAUUUAACGUUCAACUGCUGGCAGAGGACUUUUCUCUGUCCCUACGCUUAGUAAAAAUGUAUUUAAGAUCUUUCACUUUUUUCACCCUUUUUAAAAUGUACAUAUUUUUUCUACUGGUAUCAAUAGGUAUUAUAUUCAUAUUACAUUAUAUUCAAUCGGUAUUAUAUUCAGGUCUCGCUUUUUCCUAUCCUCUACAACCAAGCUCACUUUGUACUACACCUUAAUUUAUCCUUAUAUCGUCUAUUGUAACUGUGCCUGGUCGUCCACAUACGUAUCUAACUUAAAUAGAAUUUAUUACUUGCAAAAGCGAGCUGUGCGGACUAUACUAUCACCAACUCAGACUAUCGAGCCCAUUCCGCUCCUUUAUUCUCCAAACUAGGAAUUUUAGAUAUUUUCCAAGUCAAUACGUUUGAAAUCGCCAAAUUCAUGUUUUAUUAUAGAAAUAACUUAUUUCCUCCAUUGCUUCUCAAUCUUUUUGUUACGAAUAGCCAAAUUCACAACUAUGGUACCAGAACAGCCAGUAAUUAUCGAACGCAUUUGUGCCGUACAAAUCUCAAGCAAUUUUACAAUUCUUUACCAAGGUCCUAAAAUUUGGAAUUCUCUUCCUGUUUCAGUCACUCGUUCGUCAAACCUUCUUAGUUUUAAGACGAAAAUGCAAGAGUUUUAACUUAAAUAAUCCUUGAAUUGGCCUAGCCGCACAUUCGCAGCACUUUUUCUUUACUUUAUUUAUUAAUGUAAGUGAGGUGGCUCUCCCAUAAGCCCGGUGGC